AUGAUUCGUUCACUUGGAUAUCGCCUUUCAAAUCCCGUCGUCACGCGAUACGCUCGCUCAAUUUCACUUCAGGUGGAAAAGUCAUGUGCAACGCUUGCGGACAAGAUAGUACGAGGGAGGGCAACCAAUGUCUUUUACACCCAUCCGAGCUAUGUCAUGGCUCGUGAGAAGAUGCUUUAUACUCUAUGGGUUGACAGUGGAGUCUUCUUGCUUUCAUUGAGGGCAAUGCUGCCCUUUUUCUGUGUUGCCUUAUUCUUCAAGGCGUAG